GGAAACUUGUGACAAUCAUGCACGUGAUUCUCGUGACAAUUUCAUGUGUAUUUUAUACAGUCUAUCAUUUGGAUUUACACAAUGUCAUGAAUAUCUUUAAAAGGAAGCUCUGUUUCUGGUAACUGAAUAAAAUAAAAAACAAACUUUGACAGAUUAGAAUGAAAGAGAUUAAGAAAUUGGACACAGAAGAAAAAAGAUGUUACCAAUGACUAGAAAUAGAAAUGAAUUAGAGAUGAUGGCAAGUAGAACCAAUUCUACUUCUGAUGUAUUUUAUUCUGAUGAUGAAUUUUCACCACAUCUUCAGAAUUUAUAUUCUCCUGUGUCUAACUUCUCAAUUAACUCGUCAGAACUCAGCGGACUCAUGACUCCACAGAGAAUGUGCUCCCAGGAGGAAGAGGAGGAUUAUGCUCACAUACAAUUACCAUCUCACCGAUCAGGAUCUAAAAUCCCUCCCGAACCUCCCGUCAGAACUUCUAGUGUGUCAUCUGUGAGGUCGGACUACACUCAACGGUCCUAUCCGAUGGCUUAUGACCAGGAACAUAAUUACAACUAUGGGAACUAUACUUUACAAUAUCCUCAUCAUUACCAUUACCAGCAACAUUCUAGACGGAAAACUUGGUCGCCAAAUGGUUUAAAAUUAAGUAUGUCGGGUGGUAACUACACGGGAAAAUCAAGGAAUUGUAGCAGUAGUGAAUUACUGGACAAUAACAACAUCAGAACUAGAAAGUGUGGAAAUGUUAUUUAUGAAGACCAAGAAAAAGGACCCCCUAAAUUGGCUCCAGUUAGCGGAAUGUUAUCUAAGUCUCCUGCUAAAGGAAUUAUUAAGCCAAUAGCAUUUAAACCAGUAGUCAUAGGUACCAACAGCUACAUCAACAAUGACAAUAUACCACAUGAUAGUCAUAUGACAAGACAUAAUGGUGUACACCAAUCACCACAUUCUAACUUCAUGGAAAGUGACCGAUCAAGCAGCUUUUCUAGUGGGAGUGCAAAACAUUUUUCUCCAGACAGACCGGAUAUAUUCUCUGUGGGAAAUGUGAGCCGUAUUUCGUCAAGCCAUAUGGAUGGUUAUGUUGGGACUCCCUCUCCUAGUGAUAGUGGGGUGGGGGAGUUGGAGGCCAUGCUGAGAGAAAAAGAUGCUGAAAUAAAUACAUUACGAGAAGUAAUGGACAAAAAUGAGAGAGCCAUAUUCCAAGUGUACGAUGAGAAAAAGAAAUCAUGGGCUAAGGAAGUUCAUGAUAUUAAAGGGGAUUUUGACCAAAAGUUAAAGGUCAUGCAAAGAAAAGCAUAUAAAACUGAACAAGUAUUGUCUCUACAAUCUUAUAAAUCUCAGCAAGAGUUGAAAUCCACGCAACAAGAACUUGAAAAGGUGAAAUUUGAAAAUGACAAUCUCAAAAAGAAAAAUGAUUGGAUAGAAGCAAGAUAUUCCGACAUGAUGUCUUUACAAGGCAGAAAUAGUUCUCAAAGUUCAGACUUUCAGCAUUCAUUUGAUGUUACAGAUCUUCAAAACAAAGUGGAAGAUCUUAAUUCCAGUUUGGUUAAACAAACCGAAGACAUACAAUUAUUACAAUUUAGACUUCAGGAAAAAGAAUGUGAAAUUGCUGAGAGGGAUGACGAACUCUCUAAAACAUUUAAAGAAGUUGCAACUAAAGCCGAGGAGGUUAAAUCUCUGAAAGCAAAUCUACGCAGAGUAUCGGGGGAUAGUGAUAUGGAAUUAAUGGAUUCUAGCUUUUGUUCAUGUGAUAAAGAAAUUCAGACUGAGUUUAGAAUCAGUGUUUCCUCUCCAAGUUCAGGAAUUAACUCCUCUUCAUCUAGUGAUAAUCAUUCAGACAUUGCAUUAUUACGGCAAGAAAUUAAGGAAUUACGUGAGGCAUUACAAAUUAAAUCAGACCAGUUUGAAAAAGAACGAGAACAGUGGAAAGACGAGAAAAACAAAGUGAUACGAUAUCAAAAACAGUUGCAGCUGAACUAUUUACAAAUGUACAACAAAAAUCGUAUGCUGGAGGCGGAAGUCGAACAGCUUACGUUAGAUCUAGAGAACCGUGACAUCAAACUAAUGGCUAUUAAUGGUGGCGAAGAGUCAAUGUGCUAGAUAUUAUUGGUGCUAUUUUAAUUUUUUCAUGUAGGAUGAUCACAGUUUUUUAUCAAUGUCAUUGAUUGUUCAGGUUCAGUAAUAAUUACCAGAAAGGAAUUUUAGAGAUUGAUUUUCAUUGGUAUGGCAAUUUUAAAGGAAUUGAUGGAUAGAAAAAGCAUAAUAGCUUCCAUUUAUUGAGAUAUUAAUUUUCUAGGUGUUCAGAUCAGAUAAGUUUGUAAUUGAAUGGGUCAAUUUUUCAUAUAGAAUUAUAUAGAUUUGUCUAAAAAAAGCUGUAAAAUAUUAUAUGCUUGUGUUAAUUCUGUUACUGAUCUCUUUUGAAAAAAAAGUCGAUUUAUUGGUCAAAUUUGUAAGGCCACAUCAGGUACAUUUUUUGAAUUUGGACAAAAGCCAAUUCCAAUAAAAAAAAAUGUUAAAAAUUACAAGUGUCAGAUUUUGGACCAUUUUAUGAUUAAAUUCCUAGAUUCUUAUUUAAUUUUUUUUUUAACAAAAAGGGGGUUAGGGUAUUUAAUUUCUAUCAGGUAAAGUUGAUAUUAAAGUACACAAAAGGUGCUUCAGUCAAGAGUUUUUUGUUAAUCUUUAUGAAACUCUCUACUCUCAUGCUUGUAAUGUAAACUGGGUAUGUGUCUGUUCACCCUCUAUACAUAUAAGAAAUGGAGAAUAAUUUUUUUUGUUUAGCUGUAAAAAAGAAAAGUAGUUAUUACAUAUUAUUAUUCAUUGGAAUCAUUGUAAAUAUAAAAUAUGUGCCAAAUAAUAUAUUUUGUGUGAAGGAAUAUACUGUAACAGCUUAAGUCAAUUGCAUUUUUACUGGUAUUAUCUUUUGACUUUGUUCUGAAUAUUAAAUGUGUCUGUAUUGUAUGUUAAAUCCAGGCUUGAAAGUUAUAAACAUUUAAAUCAUUUUCCAAUCUCAUGCUCAUUGAUAUACAUCAGAAAGCAAAAAUAAUUGUUAUUGAUGUAAGAAUUUUUCCUUCCAAAACUAAAAGUAGCAACAUUUUGUUGAAUAAACUUUUAUAACUAAAAAAUCUAUUUUUCUGUAUAUUGAGAGGAGAGCAUUUUAAAUAUGACCUUGACUUAGGACAAGACACUGCAUGUUUUUUGUUAGUCUCGAUUUUUGACAGCAAGAAGCUUGUCAUUUACUGUUUUAUAUUUCUUAAAUAAUACAUUAUGUAUGUUAAAAGAUGACUGUUUUGCCAUCUUUACAACUGUACAUAAAAUUUUAUUGUCAGUAUUUAUCUAGUCAUGUGAUAAGGGGAAUAACUCUAACUUACAAUUGAGAAUUAUUAAGUGUAUAGACUUGAAAAGUCUUCCAAUAUUAAUAAUAUUGUAUAAUUAUAUAAAAGUUAAAAUACA